AUAUGUCCUGUCCCUGUCUUGCUCGGUUGAGAUUGACUUUGAAAUUACUGUAUAGGUUCAUCAAUGUCAAUUAUAUGCCAUCGAUCUCCAAUUCCAAUAGCACAACUAUAAUUAGAAAUCGCUUGUAUGUCGUUUAAUGUUGUCAUGAGUAGAAGGCACCCGCAUCUUCCAGAUUGGCUACAAUUCCCGGGGUAACCACUAGCGCGUAUUCUUAUCUGAUCGGUUGGGGAAACAUUCUUCCAGAUCUUCCGCCUUCAUCAAUCCUCUUCGCAAGUCAACACAAUUCAUCCACCCAUCAACAAGAAUCUCAAGAUGGUAAGUUGCAAACCCAAUUUAAACCUAUCCUAUCUCUGCACACUAACAACUCUUCUCCAUAGGCCGAUAAACUCCGCGCCCAACAACAACUCGAGCAGCUCCAGGCACGCUACGUCGGCACAGGGCACGCCGACACCACCAAAUUCGAGUGGUCCUCCAACAUCCAGCGAGACAGUUACGCCAGUUAUGUUGGUCAUCCCCCUCUAUUAAGCUACAUGGCCAUCGGGAUGGGAGAAUGCAGGGAGAAGGUUCGAGGGCAGAUGAUUGAGGUAUGUUGCUAUUCAUACCAUUUUGGGAAUGCGCCCGGGCUUAUGAGGAUGUAGAAAAUGGUUCAACCGGUAGGAAAACCGCCGGAAGUUCAGGAUUGAUAGAAAGUAUGGUUAGAGCCAGCUUUCUUUCACAGAUACUCCGUACAAGGGUGUCCUCAACUUUUAUACAGAAAGGCGCAAGCGCUGGCACGGUCGAGAGUUGGGAGUUGGCAAUGGCAUCUAUUGGCUCUGAAAUACAAUCUGCGAACAAGUAGAGGAAAAUCAGGGUAUACAUCAAAAAAAGAACGGCAGAAAAUGUUCUUGCAAGAAAAGCUACAAUGCGCCUUAUGCGCAAAGUACAAAGGACAAGUCGAAAAUAUCAUUUCUCAAUCAUCAA